AUGGCCCAAUUCUACUCCCAACACCAGCAGCAGCCACCAUACGGCGGCGGCGCUCAGCAACAAUCCGCACAAAACCUCCAAUUCUACCCUACCUCCUACACAUCUGUUUCCGGUCACACAACGCCCUCACAGGCCACAUAUGGCGGCUACGGCGUAGCUUCUGGGCCAGGCUCCGGUUUUUCUGUUGGCGGGGGAGCGUCAGGGGGACCCGGUGGGUAUGGAGCUUCGGCGUUUGGGGCUUCGUCGGCGGGCGUGAGUGGGCGGAUGGGCGAGCAGGGUGGGUUGAGGACCGGAUGGUUAGCGGCGUUCGGCACAGAGGGAUACGAAGGGGAACCGCCGUUGUUGGAGGAAUUGGGUGUUAAUUUUGAUCAUAUCCGGACCAAGACCCUCACCGUCCUCAAUCCCUUCGCCCGCAUCGACCAACACCUCAUGGACGACAGCGAUCUCUACGGCGCGCUGCUCUACAUAGUCCUCUAUGGUACCUUCCUCCUCCUCUCCGGAAAAGUCUUUUACGGCUACAUCUACGGCGUCGCCGUCUUCGGCACCUUUGCCCUCCACCUCAUCCUCAGCCUCAUGUCCCCGUCGCUUAUAGACCCGACCUCCACAACCCCGGAAGCAUCUUCCCUCGAUCCCGUCUCCGCCACAACCGGCUACCACCCACAUCACAAGCAAUCCGGUUCAUCUGGCUCCACUGUCCCAGGCAGCGCUGGCCACUUCUCAUCAACCCUCACGUUCCCCCGCUCCGCCAGUGUUCUGGGUUACUGCUUCCUACCCCUCGUACUGACAAGUGGCGUCGGCAUCCUAAUACCCAUGGACACGCUAUUUGGAUACUUACUAACGACCGCCGCGGUGGGCUGGUGUACAUAUAGCAGUUCGGGAAUGUUUUGUGCCGUGGCGCGGAUGCGCGGGAUGAGGUUUUUGGUUGCGUAUCCGCUUGCGUUGUUUUAUGUUGUUUUUGGUAUUAUGGGGAUCUUUUCGUCCAGGGGGAGUGGGUCGUUGGUUGCCAAAGCGACAGGGGGUUGA